AUGUCAGUCGGCGAGAUGCGGCCAGAUCGGGCUAGCGCCACCGACUUUCCGUCCCAUUCUGGAAAUUGUCGGCGGCAUUUGUCGUUCAGGGCAAACUACCCCGCAUUAGGGCUGGAGAUAUCUUGUCUACUGUCCACUUGCAUUCCUCUGAAUGACUCUCAAUGCUUCCAUCCAGACACAAUAUACGUCGAUCGUCACUAUCUCCCACUGCGAAACCGAGGGGAGUCACCGACGCGUCGGAAAUUCGAACCCGCUUCAGCCCCUCAUUUACCCACGCGUUGUCGCUCUUUCAUCCCCGCCAUCGGACAGACGAGCAGGAAGCGGUAUAAUGUCGCCGAGGCACAGGCCAUGUGA